AUGCCCCAGACGCUGAGCACCUCCGACAUGGUCACCCCAGGCAACCUCAGCCCAGUCCCCGCCGAGCCCACAGAUGGCGAGCAGGCCAGGCAGCCCCUCCUGGACGGAGCUCCAUCCUCAGCCUCCCUGGAAACCCUCAUCCAGCACCUGGUACCCACAGCCGACUACUACCCCGAGAAAGCCUACAUCUUCACCUUCCUGCUGAGCUCUCGCCUCUUCAUCGAGCCCCAGGAGCUCCUCGCCCGGGUCUGCCACCUGUGCAUCGAGCAGCAGGAGCUGGACAAGCCGGUGCUGGACAAGGCCCAGGUCCGGAAGUUCGGCACCAAACUGCUGCAGCUGCUGGCCGAGUGGACGGAGACCUUCCCGCGGGACUUCCAGGAGGAGUCGGCCAUCGGGCACCUGAAGGACGUGGCGGGCCGCAUCGCCCCCUGCGACGAGGCAUACCGGAAGCGGAUGCAGCAGCUCCUGCAGGCUCUGCACCAGAGGCUGGCGGCCCUGGGCCAGGGGCCGGAAGGUCUGGUGGGCGCCAACAAGCCCAUCUCCUACAGGACCAAGCCGCCAGCCGCCAUCCACCGGGAGCUCCUCGGUGUCUGUAGUGACCCCUACACGCUGGCGCAGCAGCUGACGCACGUGGAGCUGGAGCGGCUGCGGCACGUCGGGCCUGAGGAGUUCGUCCAGGCUUUCGGGAACAAGGAUCGGCUGGCCGGCUCGAAG